AUGGUGCCUCGAAUUAAAGUGACAACCGACAUUGUCGCGAUCUCGGAUGUGUUGACGCGCGCAUUUAGCAACGCCCCGGUCACAUCGUAUGUCGUUCGCGAGAAAAACUCGCAAUGGACCGCCCCUAAUAUUCCGCUGGACAUUCUCAAGCCGAAGAUGCUUGAGUGGACAACGUACAAAUCAAGAAUUGGCGGUGAAUUAGCUGAGGCUGGGAACUAUGCUGCUGUGGCCAUCUGGUUUCCGCCUGGAGUUAAUCUUCCACCUAGUCCCGAUGAUGACGAGAGGGUUGUAGAAUAUAGGAGAGUGAGCGGAGAAAUUAAAAAGCAGUUCCUGAAGGGAAGACAGUAUUGGUACUUGAACAUGAUUGCGCGACACCCCGAAAGAACAGAACCUGGUGUUAUUCGUGCUUUGUUCGAUCCGUACAUUGAGCGUGCCAGGCAAGACGGCGUCCCUCUUUGGCUCGAAGCCAUUAGUGACCACAGCAGGCAGGUAUAUGAACAUUUCGGCUUCAAGACGGUCGCUGAGUUUCGAACGGGUCUUGGCAAGGCAACUCCUGAGGGCGACUUACAAGAAGGUGGCGAAGGGAUUCGUCUUUGGGCCAUGAUCUUGGAGUAG